AUCGAUGCUCGGUUUAUGUUUGCGGUCGCAUUCAAUAAUCAAAUGCUUAAUAAUUGACAAAUGCGACUGUCUGUGUUCUGUUACAUUGCCGUAGUGCAUUAGUGUGUGAGUGGUUGGUGACCGUGUGUGUGUUCUGUUUCUGUUGCUGCAAGUGUAGUCGCCAAAAUGCUGGCAACAAGGUGUUAAAACAAUUUCCACAUCCACAUAAUAAUCAUAAUCGCUGCUAACAAAAGCCAAAAACAAAUUCAAAACGAAAACGAAACUAAAACUACAGCAACAACAACAACAACAACAAAAAUCCCAGACAGCAAUUACUAAAUGAAAAUGCGAAAUCAUAAAGAAAACGGAAAUCAUCAGCAGAGCUCAGCCACGACGACAACGACAACAGCAACAGCCACAGCAGCAGCAGCAGCAACAUCAACAGUCGGAGCAGCAGCAACAACAGCAGCAGCAAUGGCAGCAACGGCAAUGCCACUAGAGAGCUCCAAUGGCAGCAAAAGCAACAAAAACAACAACAACAACAACAAUAUUAAUAUCAACAUUAACAUUAACAACGGCAAUGGACAAACGGACAAACUGUCAGUGUCGAAAAUGCUGCUGCCCGCACUAAAGUCCGCCUCAAAGGAUGCAACAAUCCAAACGUCUCAGCAGCAACAGCAACGACGGCAACAACAAUUCACGCCCCUCUCCGUGUCGGAUGCGGCCAGCAAUGUCAGCUUCAGUUCCGCAUCGGUCGCCGGUUCCAUACAGGAUGAUAUGCCACAGCCACCAACGCAGCCACAUUCACAGCAGCAGCAGCAACAGUUGCAACAGCAACAACAGUCGCUGCAGCAUCUGGAUCAAUGCGGUUUAACACAAGCAGGUCUCGAGGAGUACAACAUACGCGCCUCAUCCUACUACGAUCAGACGACAUUCCACCACCAAAAGCAGCACUCAUAUGCGCAAUCCGAGGGUUACCACAGCUAUGUGUCCAGCUCGGAUUCCACAUCGGCGACACCGUUCCUGGACAAAUUGCGUCAGGAGAGCGAUCUGCUGUCGCGUCAGUCACAUCAUUGGUCCGAGAACGAUCUAUCGUCGGUCUGCAGCAACUCGGUGGCUCCCUCUCCGAUUCCAUUGCUCGCCCGUCAAUGCAGCAGCCGCAGCAGUAGCGGCGGCAACAUUAGUGGCGGCGGUGGCAACAACUCCCUUGGCCAGCAUCAUCACUCCAACGCCAACAACAACAACAAUCAUAGUCCCAACAGCAACAACAUCAAUCACAACAGCAACAACAACAACAACAGCUCAGAGAGCACUUCAUCCACGGAGACGUUGAAAUGGCUCGGAUCCAUGAGCGACAUCUCCGAGGCGAGUCAUGCGACGGGCUACAGUGCCAUUGCCGAGUCGGUUUCCUCGUCGCAGCUGAUUGUGCACAGCUCGCGAGUGCUGACGCCCAAGCGACAUCAGAGCGAGAGCGUGCUGUAUCUGCACGACAACGAGGUGACAUCAACGUCCACACAGUCACAGCAACAGCAACAGCCACCGCAACUGGCUGGAACAGCUGGAACAUCGUCGGGCAGCAGCACCUCAAUUAACAGCGUCAAGCAGUCGCCGCCGAUCUCAGAGGAUGUGGUGCAACCGCUGCGCGUGCAGCAUCGUCACAGUCCCAGCUAUCCGCCGGUGCAUCAGUCGAUGGCACUGCAUCGCUUCCAGCAACAGCAUCAGCAUCAGCCCGCCAACUACAAGCUGACCGCACAGAGUUCCUUGCCCGAGCUGGAGUCGCCGCCGCCGCCGUCGUCGUCAGCGAUGCACGAGUCGCGCUCGCUGCUGGGUCAAUCGCACUCCACGGGCGAUCUGCAGCAGCAUCAGCAGUCGAAGCAGCUGCAGCGACCGGCGCAGAAGCACAAGUCCAGCAUCUCGGUGACCAUCUCCAGCAGCGAAGCAGUGGUCACCAUUGCACCGCAGCCGCCGCCCAGCAAGCCGCAGCUGAGCAAGCUGGAACUGCUCAGCUGUAGUGCACCUAAUGUGGCCUCCAGCGGUGUGGAGCAGUCGCCCCCUCUGCCGAGUGACUCCUAUCGCAGCAAUCAUCGUCUGUUCCCUGUGAGCACCUACACGGAGCCGGUGCACAGCAACACCUCGCAAUAUGUGCAGCAUCCGAAGCCGCAGUACAGCGCCAAUCUGCACAAGUCCGCCAAACUACCUGUGAUAACGCCAGCGGGUUCCGCCGUGCAGCCCGCCUGGCAUUCGGUGGCGGAGCGCAUCAAUGACUUUGAGCGCAGUCAGCUGGUUGAGGGUCCCAAGUUUGCCUAUCUGGAGCCCAGCAAGACGCAUCGCCUCUCCAAUCCGGCGUUGAAGGCCUUUCAAAAGAACGCCGUGCAAUCGUAUGUGGAGCGUCAGCAGCAGCAGGCGCACAAGGAGGAGCAACAGCUGCUGCGUCCGCAGACGCAUUCCUCGUAUCAAGCUCUGCCCGUUGAACGGAAAUCGUUGCCCAACAACAUGACGCCAAUGAUGAUUGGCAUUCCGAGCAGCGUCGGCAGCGCCAGCUCGGGCAGCAUUUCACCCACCCCGCCACCGCCGCCGCCUCGCUCCCGUUCCUUGCUGCCGAAUCUGCUACGUCGCUCCAGCUCCGCAUCGGACUACGCGGAGUUUCGGGAGCAGCACAGCAGCAAACCGCCGAGCAUACGCAACAUUGGCAGCGCCGAGAAGAUGUCGUUCAAUGACUGUGGCAUGCCACCGCCACCGCCGCCGCCACGCGGCCGUGGCAGCAUGCCAGCGCGACGCACUUCCUCGGCCACCGAAUACGCGCCCACGAGGGAGAAACUGUUGCUGCAACAGGCUGCGGCACUGGCGCAUCAGCAGCAUCAUCCACAGCAGCAUCGCCAUGCAGGUGCCCAUCUUCACGGCCAUACCCAUGCGCAUGGCCACGCUCAUGGCUAUGCGGAACGUCCGCCCGAGCGGCCGCCAAAGCAUCCGCAUUUGCGUGUGCCGUCCCCGGAGUUGCCACCGCCGCCACUCGGUGGCGAACUGGACACCAGCUACACGUUCGAUGAGCCACUGCCGCCGCCACCGCCGCCGGAACUGUUGCAGCCACGUCCGCCGCCAUCGCCGAAUCGUCGCAAUAGCUUUGCGGGUGCAUCGACGCGUCGCAGCACCGCCUACGCGGUGGCAGCAACACCAACGCCCACGUCGCUGGCGCCAAAGGUGCCGCCGCAGGUGCCCAAGAAGCCAACGAGCUUGCGGCAGCAACAUCAGCAGCAACAGCUGCCACACAAGCCACAGCUGUCGAAUGGCGCCGUCAAGCCCACAAAUCUGCCUACGAGCCGCAAGCGUCCGCACAAUACGCCGCCCAUCCUGGAGAGCGUUGCCACAGCCACAGCAAUCCCAUCAUCAGCCACAUCCAAUGUUACUGCCACAGCCAGUGCCACAUCCAGUGCGGCACCGCCGCCGCUUUUGCCGCGUGCGCGUCCCACGCACGCUGACAGCGUUAUAGCCAGCAAUCUGGAGAGCAAUCAGCAGAAACGAUCAAACUCAAAGGCUUCGUAUCUGCCGCGCCAGAGCCUUGAGAAGCUGAACAACACGGAUCCGGAUCAUGGCAUUUACAAGCUGACGCUCACCUCCAAUGAGGAUUUGGUGGCGCCCAGCAAGCCCAUCUAUGGCGUCGGCGCUGGCAAACUAAAGUUGCCCAAUAAUCUGCCCGAUGUGCUGCCGCUGGGCGUGAAAUUGCAACAGCAACCGUCGAAGCCGCAGCCCAGUUCACCAGGUGAUGGGGUGUCGUUGCGGUAUGGCUCCAAUAAUAACCUCGCAACAAAAUCGCCAACAAAUGCCACGCCCAACGCUGUUGGCAACGCUGGCAAUAACACAGCCUACGCAAUGAUCUAUGGGCAGCAGCCGCAGCAGCAGCAGCAACAGUUGCCACCACAAUCGCGCUAUUCCUCGCCAGCGCUGGGCCACGCCUACAGCCGAUCGCCAGCGCCACAAUUUACGCGAUCUCAGUCGUAUGAAGUGAAGCAGCAGCAGAGCGAUCCCACACAGUUCAUGUCCCAGUCACAUGUCGAUCUUAAGCAAGCCGUCCAUGACCUCGAGACGACGCUGGAGGAGGUGUUGCCACCACCGACGCCCACACCGCCACGCCUCUCGCCGGCCACCUCCGACUGCAGUCUCAGCAACAGCUCCCUCGAGUGCAGUCCCCUCAAUGCCAAUCACACACACAAUCACAACAACAAUCCGGAGGCGCACAUCUUCCGCGCCGAGCUGAUCAGCACAACGACAUCGGCCACGCUGCCGAAGCCACCGCCUGUCAAUCGUCAGGAAUCGUUGCGCGAGAACAUCGAGAAGAUCACCCAACUGCAGUCGCAGCUAAUGUCCGCGCAUCUCUGCGACUCUGGGCUGCUCAGCAACUAUGCCAAGCAGUUGAGUCCCAGCAUCGAGCCACAGAGCACAGAUCUGCCACAGUUGCCGGCAGCGAGUUCAACGCCCAGCAGCCAGGUGCAGACAGAGUUGACGCCACCUCUGGAACCUACGGAAUCCGCGCCUGCGUCGCCGUUGGCAACGGAGAGUCUGCAGCUGUUGCAGCGCAGCGAAUUGGUGCUGAUGGUGAAUCCGGUGCCCAGCACAGCGGACAUGGCUUGCCAGACGGAGGAGUUGCUGGACAGUGAAUUGGUGGCAACCCGGGAGGAGCAACAGACGCGCACCACGUUGCAGCCACGACAACGUCAGGCCAUUGAGCUGGAGUACGAGCAGAUGGCGUUGGAGCUGCUUAAGCAGCUGGCGCCGCACGAUAAGCUGCUCAUCGAAAUCCUAACACCAAAAAGCUACAAGCCCACGACGCAGUACGUCAGCAAUCUGUACAAUCCCGAUGUGCCGUUGCGGCCAGCCAAACGUGAUGUGGGCACCUCAACGCUGAUGCGCAUGAAGGCCUCUGACACAGCAGGAGCGACAACGGAACUUCAGCUGGUCAGCGUGGAGUUGCAGCUAACUGAUGACACUGGCGCCGGCGAUGAUGAGGAGUGCACGAAUUUAAUCAAGCAGAAGCUGAAUGAGCUGAUCAAACAGUUAAACCAAAAAAUUGGCGCAUUGAAGCGCGAGCAGCAAACAAUUGGCGAAGAGUGCGCCACCAAUGAUAAACUGGGCCUCGAUCUGCUGGCCAAUCUAACGGAGAAGGUGCGUCCCAGCGAAGCGUCCAAGUUCCGCACCUACAUCGAUGAUGUGGGUCAAAUAACCCGUCUGUUGCUGUCGCUGUCGGAGCGCCUGGCCCAAACCGAAUGCAGUCUGGAGGCGCGUUCGCCCAUCAGCAGCCAGCAGGAGAAGAGCACGCUGGAAGCGAAACGCGAACGCCUCUACGAGCAGCUGGAGGAGGCGCAACGCCUCAAGGCGGACAUCGAUAGACGGGGCAGCAGCAUUGCCAAGCUGUUUGGCAAACAUCUCAGUGCCGACAUGUGUGCCGACUACGAUUACUUUAUCAACAUGAAGGCCAAACUCAUUGCCGACGCACGCGACCUGGCCGACAGGAUCAAGGGCAGCGAGGAGCAGCUGAGCUCGCUCAGCGAUGCGCUAGUCCAAAGCGAUUGCUAAAAACAAGCGACGCUUUGCUCUCCUCAAUUUUCCUUGCUGUCAACUCAAAGUUGAGAGCUGUAUGCGAGAAUUGUGUGCUGCAUCUUCGAUGGGGGGAUCCCCCUGGGUCUAGGGGGUGUGUAUUAACUUAACGAUGUGCUUAAAUACAACCACACACUAUAAUGUAUAAAUAUUUUAUGUUCAUUUGUGAUUUUCAAUUAGCUUGUAGGUUAAUCUAUGUAUCAACCGCAUAUAUCUAAGCAAUUUUUUACAUAAUUAUCAAAGCAAAGAUAAACUGUAUGCAUUAAUAAAAAUUUUAAAGCAAUUAU